AUGGGAAAACGCAAAUUAGGAGCUUUGGAAAAGGUGGAUGCUGACCUGUCCUACAUCGAAGAUUUCCGCAAUCAGCAUUACCAAUAUGAAAGCCACCGGGAGAUAUUCAUGGCCUCGCCAUCGUCAGUGACAGAUACGGGAAUAAUUUCUCUGCGCGAUCUUGUCGAAUUCAUCGCGCAUGUGGCCGACUGCUACAAGGAUAUCACCAAGAAUUUCGCUAAUGAGUUGAUUGAGAUUUUGUCAAUGCACCAUGCGGUGCUGGAGCCGGAAUUGAGAGAGAAGAUUGUGGGUAGUCUGGUGUUGUUGAGGAAGAAGGAGAUCGUUGACUCUGCUACACUCCUACACACCCUCUUCCCUGUCCUAGUAUCUACCCCAAGCAAGACCCUCCGAGCCUUCUUAUUCCAGAAAAUCCUCUCCGACCUGCGCACGUCGAAUUCGAAAACUAUAAAUCACAAACUCAACAAAACCAUCCAAACCGUCCUCUUCAACCUCGUAACCUCCGAUAGAACGUCCGUGAAAGCUCUCUGGGCCAUAAAAAUCACAAGGGAACUAUGGAAGCGGCAAAUAUGGAGCGAUGCGAAAUCGGUGGAGAUCAUGAAAGAAGCUGCAUUGGCGGAUAAUGAGAAAGUGGCUGUCGGCGGCGUGCGGUUUUUUCUUGGCGGUGACAAGGAAAGAGAAGAGCUGGAGGACGAGAGCAGCGAUGAUGAAACGCAUGACAUCUCCCAAAUACGCCAUCAGUUUGCAAUUAAUAAGAAGAGCAAGAAGAAGGCGCGCCAGGUAGAGAAAGCUAUCGCGUCAGUCAAGAAGAAGGAGAAGAAGAAAAACCAACCGCACCCGCUGAAUUUUUCUGCUUUUCAUCUUCUGCAUGACCCACAGGGCUUCGCGGAGACGCUGUUCUCGAAACACCUGCAAAAUACGAAGUCCAAGCUUAAUCUGGAGCAGAAAUUGCUCGUCUUACAGCUUGUCUCCCGGCUUGUGGGCCUACAUAAGCUUACAAUGAUUCAGUUAUACUCAUACUUUCUCAAGUACCUAACACCAAAGCAGCCAUCCGUCACUUCAUUUCUGGCAUCGCUGGCCCAAUCAACGCAUCCACUCGUUCCGCCCGAUGUUCUCGAGCCGCUGGUUCAGAAAAUUGCAAACGAGUUCGUGUCUGAAGCCGCCGCCGCUGAGGUUGCAUCCGCUGGUUUGAACGCUAUUAGAGAAAUAUGCGUCAGACAGCCACUUGCCAUGAACGACACCUUGCUCCAGGAUUUGGUCAUGUAUCGGAAAAGUAAGGAUAAAGGUGUUAUGAUGGCUGCAAAGGGGUUGUUGAGCCUCUACCGGGAAGUCGGUGCAGAGCUACUGAAGAAAAGGGAUCGAGGAAAGAAUGCAACAAUCAAGCUAAGUACUGGGGAGCGGAAGGAUAUUCGUUUUGGAGAGGAAGAUACUGGCGAGAUUGAAGGAAUUGAGUUACUAGAGCAAUGGAAGGAAGAGGAGCGACGCAAGAGAAGGCGCGAGCAGGGUCUGCCCUCUGAUGGCGAGGAGGGAGAUGAAAAAGGCGAGGACGAAGAUUGGGCUGCUUGGGAUGUAGCCGAGGGAGAUGAAAGCGAUGACUCCGGAGGUUGGAUUGAUGUUAAUAGUGAUGAGGAGAUCAAUAUCGAAGUCAGCGACUCCGAAAACGAAGGCCCGGCAGCCAAAAAAGCAAAGCUUACCCAGUCGAAUGGAGAAUCACGGGCCACAACUGAAGAGCCACAAAAGGAGAAAGAAAAGAAACCUUCCACCCUUGCAACAACGCGUAUCCUGACGCCCGCAGAUCUUGCUAAACUUGCCGAGCUCCGCGCCCAACAAAACGUUUCAUCUCUUCUUCCACAAAACAAAACCCAGCGUCAAAAGCAAGCCGCCGCAAUCGCCACUAGACACAUGGAUGAUCCACUCACAGCUACCGAAAUCGAAGGACUUGCGGCACUCUCCGCUGGUAAAGCCACACGAGCAGAGAAAAUCGCCCGGAUGAAUGAGCUGAAGACCGAUCGCGCGGAACACAAGAGCAAGACUGCAAAGAAGAAGGAGAGGAAAGAGGCGCAGGGCAAGAGCACGACUAACAAGGAAAAGGCGAGGAAGAAGAAUUUCCUGAUGACGUUGGGCAAGGCCAAGAGAAAGGGAAAGAGGAGUCUGGUGGAAACGAGGAAUGUGCUGAAGGCGCACAUUGACAGGCAGAAGAAGGGAGGGAAGAGGGGGAAUUAUUCAUAA